AUGGUCAAAGAGUGUGUACCACAACUCACUUUUCACAAUCUAUUCAUUGCUUUAUGCUUUGCUGCCAUUUUCAUCCUUGCAUUGCUCGGCAAUUCAAUGGUUUUAUUUGCUAUUAUCAAACUUCAACGACGUACCACACAAUCAAUUACCAAUAUAUUAUUGUUGAAUUUAGCAAUUGCUGAUUUGUUACGAUCAAUAAUUUGCAUACCGCCAACUUUAAUGAGUGAAAUAUCACAAUGUUGGUUGCUUGGACCACAUGUAUGCAAAUUUGCUGCUUAUUUGCAGCCUGUGACAGUUUAUGCGUCAGUCUAUACAUUAGCUUUAAUUGCACUAGAACGUUACUAUGCAAUAUGUCAUCCAUUGGAAUCAAUCGUUUGGCUUUCAAAGCGUCGCUUAUUAGCACUUAUAUCUUUCGUUUGGUUGACUGCGUUUGGGAGCAAUAUUGGCGCACUUAUCAUUUAUGAUGCUAUUCCAUACAGAACACAUUGGAGUUGUCGUUCCACUGCUACUCCAUUAAUAGAUUUCUUUUAUCAAAUCCAUGUCACAAUGUUACUGUUACUCAUACCACUAACAAUUAUGUUACUUUUAUAUCGCAAAGUAAUCAAAACUCUUCAUUCAAAUAGUCAAAUGGAAGUAAGACCAGGAAGAUGUCGCAAUUAUAUGGAAUGCUAUCCAACUAACAAUCAGAGUAGCAAAAAGCUCGGCGUCUCUUAUGGUGCUUGGAUGAAUGAUCCAAAACGGAAAGGUACCACUUCAAGUAUGUGUAAUAUAACAAACAGAAAGGCGUGUAAGUAUGAUGCUCGAACUAAAUCGCUUUUCAGAUCUUCCAAUUUUGAUAGUACUGUUGACCUUCAAUCAUCGUUUAGUGACAGUAGAUUGAGUGGUAAUUGUAAGUAUGGCUAUAUGCUUCGAAGCAAUCAUCAGGAAAGAAUAAUUGAAGCGAAACAACGUGUAAUCAGAAUGCUAUUCAUCAUUGUUAUUACUUUCAUUGUUUGUUGGACACCGAGUUUUAUUUGGUGGCUUACAAUCAGAACAUCUGAUCUCGUCCGGAUUCACUUAUGGAACAGAAGGGCAAAUACAUAUAUAACACUGCUGACUCAUAUAAGUGCAUGCGCAAAUCCGAUAACUUAUUGUUUUAUGAAUAAGCGAUUCCGGAAAAAUAUUACGACGUAUCUCUGCACCUAUACAUUUCAAGCAUAUAAAGAACGUUUACACAAAGCGUCUCCAACAAAUCAGUGUAAUUUACGCCAAGUGAAAUUUCUAACACAAUAUCCUGGUGAUUUGUUCAGUAGUGAAAGCAAUUUGAAACAAGCAAUUGCUGUGAUUCCUUCUUUAUAUAAUAAUAAUAAUAAUUUAUGA